AUGCCAUCUAAGGAGGGUGAGUGGCGGUGCCCCCUCAGCAACCUUCGGCUGUUCUUCAUCUUUGUGUAACAGUGUGGCAACUUUGCUGUGCUGGUGGAUCUCCAUGUUUUGCCCCUGGGCCCUCAGGAGUCCACUGACUGGUUUACUGCCAUCCAGACCGAGGAAGUUACAGCUUUGGUUCGAGACGCGGUGGACCAGAGGGUGAAGCAGUACACCGAGUUCCUCCAUGACCGAAGACAACCCAAACAGAGGAAGGAGCUGCUGCCUGCUUCGGCCUUUUCUGUUAAAGGGGAAAACUUCAACCUUGUGGCCAAUUUUCUGAAGCGGCACUCGAGUCUCAGAUGUGUUGUCAAGCAGGAUUUGCGUUUGUUUCCUGAACGAUACGUUGUGUGUGUGAGCUGUCCAGAAGAUGCCUUAGCAAACCAUAGAAACCUGAGCCUGUCUGUGGCUGAGCUGAGGGAACAAACCAGAUCUGAAUAUUUUUCCAGUGUGGGAGGAACCCACGAGUUUUUACACAGCCCCACAAAAACAAGGAAGCUUCAAAAGAUAGCCAAACAAGCCAACGUCCAACAAAACAUCUCAGGUUCCACCAUGGAGAAGGAGCAGAUGGACCAGGGGGCUUGUCUCAAAAACCAAACUCUAGAACAUAAAGCUGGAGAGUCUGAGCCGAGCUCGACGACUGUCCCCGCGUCUGAGCUGAAGGCCCCUUCCUGCACCAGUUCCUCGUCUGACUUUAAGGCUGAGAUUCAAACGCUGAAACCAGUUGAGCUUGAAGUCAUUUAUAAGAGCAGCAGGAGGUGCGAGCCCGGUGACGCCGGGGAAGAUCCGCACUUGCAGCCGGCCAAGAGAACGUGCCUUGGAGAACCUCCAGCCACAACACGAGCUCGCUCUGCCGAGCGCUCCUCACAGACUUCCAUCCACGACCUUCCUUUGCUGCCACUUCCUCCGGUCCAAGUAAAGCUCGAGUCCAAGGCUUCCCUUGUCUUAGAGCACAAGAAAACCACAUUGGAAGUAGAGCUGCUUACUCCAGGGAAACCAGCCCAGAGGCUCCCCCUCACCAGCAAUAACACAGCACCAACAAUCCAAAACAGGCCGGCCGCAAGUCUGAGGGGCCUAUCUGUCAAGCCCGCGUCCUCGGGCUCUUCUAUUGGUUCCAGAUCCACAUUCACAGAGGAGGCAAGCGAGAACGUGCCCAGAACCUCGAGAUUACGGCGAAUGAAGAGGUCCUGA